CGAGCAUUGAAAACAAAAGAAAAGUACAUGUAGUGGGUUGGUUAUCCAUGGGUAUGAGAAAAAAAUCUUUUGCAGAUCCUCUUCAAUAGUAAACAUGCCCUCCCAAUCAAACGUCGACGAUCCUCAGGUCCUGGGAGCAGCCCAGCCCACCGAAUUUGUCGACGACCUUAUGGAUCUUGGGACCGACCCUGGCGAUUCAAACGAUCCCGGAGAAGAGUCCCAAGAACAUUGGAAUCUAGUCGCUCAGUCAAUCGCCGACCAAAAUCAGACUCCUGGAGCCAAGACGAUGGACGGGGUCGAUGACCUGAACGAAAAUGCGACCAACGUGGACAACCCACUCGACCUCAAAUUCACUCCUCCAUCUUGGUCCCCAAUAUUCCAUUGCCAAAAAUGCAGGAAAACCUUCGCCUCUCGUUUUGGAUGCCGUGCGCACGUGAGAAAAAAUGCUUGCUCAAAGGUAUCCCAUUGCCCAGGAAAGCAUGAUCAUCGGUGGGUUGAGCUGGAUGUUGAGACCAUGGCCAUUGCCCUGGAGUGGUUCCAUUCCCAAGAACUGGAUCGAUUUUUCUUCAAAGAAUCGUCUCGGCCUUCACUCAGAAUAUUUCGAUGCUCUCAAAGAAGCCGCAAAUCGUCUUCCCCAAUUAAAAAAACCAAGAAGAUAUAUGAUUGUUCGGCUAAGAUCGUUUUUCGUCAAGCCACCUUGUGCCAAUGUGAGGAUACGAUUACUGAAAUCUGCCGAAAUGGAAAACCCAUGGUCCUAAUCUAUGGGUGCCUAACACAUUCCCAUCCCAUCGACCGGAAAAACAUUCGUUUGUCGAAAGUUACGAAAAACCAGGCUCUCAAACUAUUGCAAUCUGGGCUGGAGCAUGGAGAUAUCAUCGAAAAAUAUUUUGCGCCCAAUGAUGAUGAUCCCGAUCGCAAGCCCGUAAUUCCAGCCGAUCUUUAUCGUAUAAGAAGGACAGCUGGUCUACGUGGAUUGGAAAAUGUGGACCAGGUCUUUAUUCGCAAAAAACUUAAGGGGAAAGAGAGAAUGCGGAAUAUGGGAUAUUCAAAAAUCCAAACAGAUUAUUCUGCCUGUCACCCAGGAAAAGAGGAAAUGCAGAAAUAUCUUGUGGAACAAAAGCCUGGAGGAUUUGACAUCAUUCGGAAAGGCCCUGAUGGCGAGGAAGUCGGAAGAUAUCGCAUGAUGCCUAAUCGAUUUCUAUGCAACAAGACGUUAUGUCAAGUUCGAUGCUUGAAUUGCCCCCCAAAAUGCAUCUGUGCACACGAUUACACAUGCCAGUGCCCAGAAUAUGCUCAUCGCAAUUUCUGCAACCAUGGUCAUGUUUUGGCAAUGCUGUCCAAUGCCUCCUCACCAACAUCAAAGCACCAACCUAACGACGACCAAAGCCAAUUGGACGACAGUUACCGCGGUAGUGGACGGAGCAAGGACAAUUGCUCAAACAUUGCGGAUCACUAUCCUGUUCAACCCGUUGAUCAAGAGUUCGUCAAGAUUCAAAAAAGGUUUCGCCAAAUUGAAGGAGCGUUCUCAUCAAGUGACAUCAAAGAUGAUGAGAAGCUCAUGAUUGUCAAUUCUUUGCUCCAUGUCCCAAUCAAUGACGUAGAAAUCCCCCUGCGAUUUUCCAACAAUGCAAAUAGCUUUUUAUAAACUCGAUCGAAAGUGCUCCCAUUCCCUUUGUCUUUGUUUUCUCGAAAAAAAAAACCAAAUCCUCGUAAUUGAGCACUUUUGUUUAAAAAUGUCUUGUUUUGUCGUUUUAGAAAGGCAAUGUUUGAUGUGUGAACGCGAAGUGUCAAAUGUAUAUUUUUCAGUAUA